UGGGGUGCCUCGCCUUGUGAGCAUGAUGUGACAGGCCUGGCACCGGUCAACGCUGCUCCCGGAGCUUCCCAUCGCGACAUAUAAAUAUACAGACCUGGCUCGGGAGCCUUCAACAGGGUCGUCCUUCGUUAACCCGAUGGACUUCUUCCAGAGCCCUGGCGGCUCAGGCUGCGGGACUUCCGGUCCCGCAUCGUGUCAAAAUACGAAUGCACCCCCCGCUGCUGACACCUGCUGUUUUGAGAGUCCUGGAGGCUUGAUCAUGCAGACGCAGGUUUGGGACACAGAAGUUGCUGGUAGUCCCACGGACAGUUGGACCAUUCAUGGUCUGUGGCCUGAUAACUGCGACGGCACUUACAUUGAGAACUGUGAUCCUUCUCGUGAUUACAAGAAUAUCGCCGAGCUGCUCGACUCCCAGGGUGCAUCGGAUACAUUGGAAUACAUGCAACAGUAUUGGCUCAACAAUCACGGGACUAAUGAGAGAUUCUGGGAGCACGAGUGGGCUACACACGGCACAUGCUAUAGCACACUGGAUGUUAAUUGUCUUCCCAGCAACAGCCCUACGGGUGCCGAGGCCGUGGCAUUCUUUGAGACUGUUGUGAAGGUCUUCAAGACACUCCCCACGUAUGACUGGCUUGCUGAGGCAGGCAUCACUCCGUCAUCGAGGCAGACUCACACGCUUUCGUCUUUGUUGUCGGCUCUCGAAAAUGCCUCUGGAGGAUACACUCCAGCUUUAAGCUGCACUCGAUCGCACACACUCAGCUCAAUCAGCUGGUACUUCAAUCUCAAGGGCUCUGUCAUUGAUGGCGAUUUUGUCCCAAUAAACACCCCCAAGCAUUCCACUUGCCCUUCAAGUGGUAUCAGGUAUCUUCCCAAAGAAGGAUGAUAUGGAUAAACGACGAGUUCACUAGCUAUAGAGACGCAGGCUGGCUCGAGCUCCGAUGUACCAGGCAAAAUCUAUAAUUGUACAUGGCUUCUUGAUCGUUCGAACUUCCAUUCUGUCAGUGAUAGACUAUCUAGUGAUAACAUGCCUCCACCCCUCAAUCACCCCAGUCUGGAACUUCAGCUACUGGCUCAGACUUUCUUCGUUAAGCAGUUCCCAGUAGAUGCAGGCGUUCCAGCUGCAGUCGCAAGCGGGCUUAAUGCCGCUCAUGAAACUCCAGGCAUCUUCUCUAUCACCAGAACCCGAGAAGA